ACCUCCCCCCUCCCAGACAAGUGUCUUCUUUGAGGUACGAUCCCAAAUUACCCAAGAAUGAUAACAAUUAAUGCAUUCUCAUUGUAUUACGCAAUUGAAUGUUGCUAAUACCCUCCUCCACCACGCACACCCUCAGGCUUAUAACUGUUGAAACUCAUUUAAAUAAUUCAGUAACAGCUUACAGAUCAAUUUAAGCAACAAAAAACUUGUUUAAAUAAACGUCUAUAGAGUGUGAUGAAGACAGCAGUUACAGUGAGCGUGGCGAUAGGAAUAUUUACUAUCCUGCUGGCUGGUGUGGUGUACUGGAUUACAAGCAGCCAUUAUCAAGACAUUAUGAAAGGAUACCAGGAGAUCUUGAGAGAGAAGGAUAUCAACCACUGGGAGAUUGUCAACAGAAGAGAGACUCACAGCUUAAACAGUGCCGAACAGUGCAAGAAACAGUUUGAAUAUUGUACAGCUUUUAUUACGGCGUGCGAAGAUCAACUGAAGAGUCUACUGAACACCGAUGUACAAAGCGUUAAAAUGAGAGAGAAGUCUCAUAGAGAAAUAUUGGCAAUUGUCCAGACUCAAGCAGAGAUAAAAAGUCAGCCUAAUCCAAGCCUGUGUCUACACUACAACCAGCUACUGCAGAAUGAGCUGAGUGCUUGUAAUACCAGCCAGGUUGGACUCAGAUUGAAAACCAGGCAACAUAAAGAGAGGGAAAAGAAACUUAAGAAUCUGAUGUAUUCUACUCAAGAACAAUUCAAGCAAUGUGAGUCUGACAAAGAACAGUACGUCAGCUACAGUUAUACACACUGGGCCACGGCUCUAUCAGUGAUCAUAGUGGCUACAGUCUGCAUUGUAGCAACUAAAAGCAGAGGUGUGCUUAGCAACCAACAACUUGCAAACAGCAUGCAAAAUCAGCAAACUGAGAACAAGAAAGUAGAAGAGUUAACUGCUCUAUCUAGAGAGAAAGAAAAGUUGUCAGAGAGUUUAGCUGACCAGCAAGAGACGAGCAAAAUGGAAGCAGACCAACUGAGAGAUGAACUAGCAGCAACUAAGACAGAGUUAGCUACAGCAUGCACUGAUCUACAAAAAGAAGGAGAAGCAAGAAUGAAACUAGAGGAAAGUUUGAGUGAAAAAAAGAAACAAAUCACAAAACUUUCCGAUGAAAAAGAAACAUUGAAAAAACAACACAAAAAUGCGCUUAAAUUGGACGCAGAGCUGGCAAGACAACUUGAGCAGCAACAGCAAAAAAUGGCAGCCCAGAUAAGCCAGCUGGAAGAGGCCAAGUUAAGACUCGUCAAUGAAAUCAAGAAUCUAAAGAAAGAAUUGCAGGACAGUCACUGUUGUGCCGUGAACAAAGACAAGGAAAUAUGGGAUCAAAAACAAAGCAAAGAAGCUCUGGAAAAGCACGUGAAAUAUCUGGAUACAAAAAUCGAAAGACAACACAAAGAAAAUCGUCAAAACAAGGAAAAAAAUGAAAGCAUGCGAACACACGUGACAACUCAAGACAAAAGAAUUUCGAAACAAAAUCAACAACUUCUCAGGAGCCAGGACGAAAUAAAGCAAAAAGACGAACAAAUUACGAAGUUACAACUAGAACUGUUGAAAAAAUUAGACGCUCUAAAGAAAAUGGAAAAAGAAAUGGAAACCUCCCAAGAGAAGCACAUCGCGUUUACAAAAGAUUUUGCCGAAUUUGAAGCAGCUGUACUCCAAAAAGACAUUCAACUAGAAAGCGAGAUAGACAGAAGACGACGAAUGCUUAGGGAAAAGUCGUGCUUGGAAGACAAAGUCAAGAAGCUCGAGAGAAAGAUGGGUCAAAAGUCGAGCAAAACAUCCCAUAAGAUGCCUAGAGAAGAGAUAGAUAUUGAACAGAUACGGCUUGAUCUUCAUCACGAGUUUGAGGUCGAUUACAAUCGCUCUGAGACCCGAACCCAUGGUCAGCUGACAUUAUUGACAGAGCAAGUCGGCCAGCUGAAAGCAGACAAGCGAGAGCAAAGCAUCGAGCUGACAAAGCUACAGACCCAGAUCAAGACACUCCAAGAGUUGCUCAACCAAGGCCACGCACGAGAGAAGAGAGAAAAGAGGGAGGAGACUCAAGAGAGGACCUACAGAGUAAAGCUCGACCUUUCACUUCAUCCCAAUUACACACAAUAACUAUAAUAUCAUAAUAGGCAACUACUAGCUAUAAAAUUAUGUACAUUGUAAUGUAUGCAAUAUUAAGAUAUGAAGGCAACAUAACAAA